ACCAUGUAGACUACAGGAUCAAACUUAGGCCAUCAAGUUUAGCAAGUACCUUUACUCAUGGAGACAUCUCCAUAGCUCACUGGGACACAUCCAUAUGCUGUCUGUCCAAACAGAUUUCAUUAGUAAUGCAUCAUUUCUAUGAACUGCAAGCUGCCAUCUUACCCUUGGGAUUCUAAAAGGUUCCUACUGAGGUGUUAGCACCCCGGGGGUAUGGAAGGGUUUAAGGUUGUUCGGUUGUUACAAAGUCACCUGAUUAAUGAUGUUGUGAGCCUGGAACUGGGAGACAGCAAUCAGAUGUCCCUUGGCCACUGAAUAGUUCUGUAGCUACAACUCUAGACUGGCUCGAGCCAGUUGUUGCAGGAAGGGGAGAGGAGUAGGGGUGGGGUCAGAACCCACAGAAAGAUGCUUACGCAACCCUUAGGAACUGUGUGAUCCACCCUUGGUUCUGAGGUCUGUGUCUCUGGUUCCUUUCUCUUCCUCCUCUUCUGCCUCCUCCCCAGUUUCUAGCUCUGGGCCUUUCCUGCCAACACCAAAACUCUGGCUGCAUCCAGAUAUACCCUGCAAGGAACUGUAGACAUCCACGCAGAGAUCCUCAGAGGUGUCCCAGAGCCAGCAGAGUCUCCGAACUGUUUGAUCACAUUCCAGCUCUUCCCAUACCUCGAUUUCUGUUGCUAUGGAGACUUCCAACGGGACUGAGACCUGGUACAAGAGCCUGCACGCCGUGCUAAAGGCUCUGAACACAACCCUCCACAGUCACUUGCUCUGCCGGCCUGGGCCAGGGCCAGGGCCAGGGUCAGGAACAGGGCCAGACAAUCAAACAGAGGAUCAUCGGGCUAGCCUUCCUGGCCGUGAUGACAACUCCUACAUGUAUAUCCUCUUUGUCAUGUUCCUGUUUGCUGUCACUGUGGGCAGUCUCAUCCUGGGAUAUACCCGUUCACGCAAGGUGGACAAACGCAGUGACCCCUAUCAUGUGUACAUCAAAAACCGUGUGUCUAUGAUCUGAGGUGCCUGAGGACAGUGGAAGAUUAUGAUGUCUGAGGAUCGUCUUCUUGGGCCUCCGGAACUCAUCUCGACCCUAUCAAGCCACAGUGCCUCUGCUUAUAUAAGAGCAACGAGAACUUGGUAAGAGAGUUAGGUCAUCACUGGGACCAGAGAAGAGGGGCUGAUAGGCCUGGUCUUCUGGAUGAGACAUUUUUCUAGACACAGAGCCCAUGAACACACAUAUAAAAGUAUAGUAUGGACAACCAACAAGUAGGAGAGGAAGCUGUGGUGAAGGGAAAUGGGGCAGGAAAAUGCUCUGGAAAUAUAAUCUUUUAAUGUAUGAUCUUUAACAUGAGAGACCUUGAUAAAACGGAGAAUGCUACUU